UGAUAUAAAUUAAUAAUCCACCCCAUAAUUAUCAGAUCAAAUGGCCAACCGGACACCCUGUAUCCAAACAUAAACCAAUCCACAUUACGCCAGAUAAUGGGAUUGAAAUGUGAUGUAUGCCCAAUUUGCAAUCCAUCUCUGAAAUUUGUAUCUAUUCAAUCUAGAGCCCUUCGCUUGCAGAUUUAUAGUUGUCGAAAUGAAGAAAAACGUUUUACGUUUCUCCCCUAAAUCUUCACGCUAAUUCUAAACUCUGGUCCAUCAGCAUCCCUUACAGAUCGCAAAACAUCAGUUACAAAAUAUCAACCGGCAAUUUGGCGGCAUAAAUCAAAAAAAAGAUAUCUUACACCAAAAUUAAGCGAGUUGUGGGAGAGAUCAGAAAUCGGCCAAUGGGGGCUUUGGCGCCUCCCCUCCAGGCGCUAUGUGGGCGCCUUCAAAGGAUAAAGAGCUAUCCUGAUAAGAGUUAUCCUGAAACACUUGUUGACCAGCGUUGUUCCGUGUUUUGUACAAUAUCGCGGUAUAGGGUUUGCGAGCCAUCGAGAGAUUCACCAAUGUACAUUUCCGGUCUAUUGGUAUUGGUGCUAACACAGUACACCUGGGCUUACAAUGACGACAACUACCCCUUCUCUGACAACUACGACCCCAAUAUAAUACCCUUCGAGGACUACACAGACCAAGAGGACAUCUUCGAACCGGCAGAAAAGCGUAGCGAAAACCUAGGCAGAUACGAGCAAAGAAGAUCUUCCAACGACCCUGAUCCAAGGCCUACCAGAGGCGCAAAGAUGCUUCGAAGUGACUAUUUUGUCAGAUUCGGCAGGAGCAAGCAGGAUUUCUUAAGAUUCGGCAGGGAUCCACCCCACCAAAGGUUAUCCAGAAGCCGGGACUACCUCAGGUUUGGAAGAAGCCUGCCCACUCCAGGUGAACAUGAGAGAUCCAAGAGGGAGGCCACCUUUGAACCAGACACCAAACGCAACAGCAACUUCUUGAGGUUCGGCAGAAACAGCAAUUUCCUACGCUUUGGACGCACCAAAGAAGACCACUCCCAACACUUGGAGCUGACGCAGGAGGAUCUGAAGCUACUGAGCCAGCUGCGCCGAUUCUACGAGUCGCCGCUGUCGAGACUGUUCGCGCAGUUGGAGUUCCAGGGACAGCGGAGAUGUGAGAGUGAUGUGUAAAGUUCUUGUUUUUCAUCACACGAUUUGGAAAAUUAAAUGUUGAAUAAAUAUUAUUUUGGCUGGAAUAAUAUCUAUGUGAUAAUUUGUUUUUUGAUCCUUCUGAUAUUUUGUAAUUACAUGUUAAUAAAAA